CACCAUCAUCAACGUCAACUGCACCACCCGGAAACCCCCGUAACAUGAAUUUCCUCUUACAGCCAUAGUGCCAUAGCCAUAUGUAUCAAGUGAAUGAAGUUACUCCAUCAAAAGCACCUUUUGCGCCAGGGACCUCUCUAAGCUACCACACCCUGCAGCCACUUUGCGGCUACCGCAGUGUAAUGCAUCAAUGGGGGGCUUCCGUUAUUCGAAUCCCGUAUAAAAUGACCAAUCUUCUUGAUGUUUGACGCAUUACUCUCGGCCUACGGUGGCCCUUUAUAGUGCCCGGGACUGCGGUCUUUCUUGCAAAUGGUUGAAUUGACCUAUCUGAUACCCUUCUACCUUGCUCAGCUUUCCCUCUGCUCGAUGAUCGAUUUUGACCGAUCCUAUUGAGUCGUAUAACAUGUCCAGCCUUUCUGUUCUGCGGUAUCAUCCGCUAAGAGUGGCCACUCGAACACAAGUUUAUGCCCUUCAUCUUUCAUCUACAUCAUCUGCACCUAGACCUCAACAUCAUCGCCAUCAUCGCCAUGCGAGAUCACAGUCUACGAAGACUAGCAUCGUGCCACAAAACACUCUCCCGUUUGACAGCCAAAUCAUCAAACCUCCAUCCAACGCCGUCGAACAUGUGUUAACUACCUUGGAUAGCAUCGUCAACUGGGCCCGCCAGGGUUCCUUCUGGCCCUUGACCUUUGGUCUAGCCUGCUGCGGGAUAGAGAUGAUGCAUGUGUCCAUGCCCCGCUACGACCAAGAUCGUCUCGGCAUCAUCUUCCGCGCUUCGCCUCGACAAGCUGAUGUUAUGAUCGUUGCUGGCACGGUCACGAACAAGAUGGCUCCUGCUGUUCGGCAAUGCUACGACCAGAUGCCCGACCCGAAAUGGGUCAUCAGCAUGGGCAGCUGUGCGAAUGGAGGUGGCUACUACCACUACAGCUACUCAGUCGUCAGGGGAGUGGAUCGGAUUAUACCCGUCGACAUCUACGUGCCUGGAUGCCCACCCACUGCAGAGGCCCUACUACAUGGCGUAUUCCUCUUACAGGCAAAACAGAGAAGGACGAAGAUCACAAGAAUGUGGUACCGGAAGUAGGCUUGUGGGCAAUUUCUUGUUCUUUACCAAGUCCUACGUGUAUAUCAUCCCUGUUUCUCUCUCAAUCGCAACCUCCCUGUCUCUCAUGCCAGUAAUCGUGCUAACUUGCUGGAUCUGUCCUUUAUUUGUCUUGCUUUGCAGAAUCCAGAACGCAUCUGAUGGCAGUUUACAAUGGCUAAGUUCACUUACUUCUUAUGAUUCUCAAGACUGCCAACUUCAUACCUUGUGCU